CCAACAAAACCUCCUGUAAGUCACUCAAAGUCCAACAUCUCCUCCAAGCCCCAAUAGGUCCCAUCUCUGAUCUUCUCCAACUCUAAACUCCAAAACCCGCUUUUUGUUUUUUUCCUCCUCCCCCUUGCUGUUUUCCUUGUACUCUCUCUCUCUCUCUCUCUCUCUCAAAGCUCCUUUUCCCUUUUUGUGCUUUUUUUCUUAAAUAUAUUUUCUUUACUUUCCUUUCCUUUCUUUUUUUUCUCUCCACAGAAUUUUCCUAGUUUCUACGGGGUCCCUCAAAUUCCAAUACCCAUCAGUUUUCUCUAUAAAUUGAGCAAAGUUCCAGUGCCAUAAGCAAAGCUUUUCCCUUCAAAAAUCAGUUCUUGUUGAUUCAAGAAAAGGAAAAUGAGAGAAUAUUGGACCUCUUUUGCUUCUCUUCUUGGUGUUUUGGCCUUCUGCCAAACUCUCGUCCAAGUUAUCUUCCCACCUGAGCUCCGUUUUGCCUUUAUCAAACUCUUCAACCGGAUCUUGAACACUUUCUCUUCUUAUUUCUACUUCGAUAUCACUGAAAUCGAUGGUGUUAAUACCAACGAGCUUUAUAACGCCGUUCAGCUUUAUCUCAGCUCCUCCGUCUCCAUCUCCGGCACCCGCUUGAGCCUCACCCGGGCUCUUAACUCCAGCGCCAUCACUUUUGGCCUCACAAAUAAUGACUCCAUUUUUGAUACUUUCAAUGGUGUCACCGUCCACUGGGAGCACGUCGUCACUCAAAGGCAAGCUCAGACAUUCUCUUGGCGGCCAUUGCCUGAGGAGAAGAGAGGCUUCACUCUUCGAAUCAAGAAAAAGGACAAGUCUUUGAUUCUUGAUUCGUAUCUGGAUUACAUUAUGGAGAGAGCGAAUGAUAUCAGAAGGAGAAAUCAAGACCGCUUGUUGUAUACCAACUCGAGGGGUGGGUCGUUGGACUCCAGAGGCCAUCCAUGGGAAUCUGUUCCUUUCAAGCAUCCGAGCACUUUCGAUACUUUGGCCAUGGACCCAGUGAAGAAGCAGGAGAUUAUGGAAGAUUUGAAAGAUUUCGGUAAUGGGCAAGCCUUCUAUCAGAAAACUGGGAGGGCAUGGAAGAGAGGUUAUUUGCUUUAUGGACCGCCUGGUACUGGCAAAUCUAGUAUGAUUGCUGCCAUGGCUAAUUAUCUUGGUUACGAUAUUUAUGAUCUUGAAUUGACUGAGGUUCACACCAACUCAGAGCUUAGGAAACUUCUGAUGAAGACAACUUCCAAAUCCUUAAUUGUUAUUGAGGAUAUUGAUUGUUCUAUUAAUUUGAGCAACAGAAAGAAGAGCAACAACAAUGGCAAUUCCAUGGGAAGAAGCUACUAUGACCCAGAAAUGCGAUCUGGGUCUGGUUGUAGCGGUGGUGCUGGUGGUGAAGAAGGUGGGAAUUCAAUAACUUUAUCUGGGUUAUUGAAUUUCACAGAUGGGUUGUGGUCAUGUUGUGGAAGUGAAAGGAUUUUUGUAUUCACUACCAACCACAUUGAGAAACUUGAUCCUGCAUUGCUAAGGAGUGGAAGGAUGGACAUGCAUAUUUUCAUGAGUUACUGUUCAUUUCCAGCACUGAAAAUUUUAUUGAAAAAUUAUUUGGGGAAUAAAGAGAGUGAUUUAGAUGAUAAGAUUCUCAAGGAAUUGGAAGACGUUAUUGAUAAGGCAGAGAUGACUCCUGCUGAUGUUAGUGAGGUUUUGAUUAAGUACAGGCGAAACAAAGACAGGGCGGUGAGAGAAUUGCUUGGAGCAUUGAAGGAAAGAGCUGAGAAGAAUUUAAAGAAUGGAGGUCUCAGGGACAAGAAUUUGAAUGCUGUGGAAGAAGAAGAAGAAGAAGAGGAAGAGCAAGAGAAGAGAGCUUUAGAGAGUCCUAAAGAGGGUUGUGACUGUGAAAAGGAAAACUGCAAGAAAGAAGCAGAGGAAGAAGAGAAGAUUAAGUGAUAAAGAAAUGAAGGUUUUAGCUCUUUCUUUCUUUUAUUUAUUUAUUUUUCUUCUCUUUGCAUUAAAAUCCUUUUGUGCUUCAGAGAGAUAAACAUGAAAAAAAAAAGAGCAGAUUGGUUCUUGGGAGUAUUAAAUCUUGAAAAAAAUUUUGUUGGCUGAGGGGGGAUGGUGACUAGUGGAGAAUGGAAACUGGAAGUGAAGUGGAAACUGGAAGUGAAGUGAAAACUGUAAUGGAUAAUUUGAGGUCUCCAAUUUUUCUCAAUGUUUAAUAUUAUAUUAUGUUAAUUAAAUAAUAUAAGUAGCAUUAUAUGAUCAA